AUGGAGAGCUUGGGCUUGCAAGCAGUGACCCUUAGUGACGGGACGACAGCCUACAUUCAGCAGGCUGUCAAAGGUGAAAAACUGAUUGAAGGGCAAGUCAUUGAACUUGAAGAUGGGACCACAGCUUAUAUCCAUCAGGUGACGGUUCAGAAAGAGUCUGUGGCUUUUGAAGAUGGUCAACCAGUAGUGUUGGAAGAUGGCAGUAUGGCCUACAUACACAACACAGCUAAAGAAAGUUAUGACCCCAGCACCUUCGAGGCUGUCCAGCUGGAGGAUGGCUCCACUGCCUACAUACAUCGUCCUGUCAUCAUGCCACCUGGCAGCACCAUCCUGGAAGUGCAGGCAGAAACUGGCCUAGAGGAGUUGGCUGGAGAGGAGGAAGAUGAUGCCUUUGAUGUCGAGACCAUUAAUGCAUUAAAGCAGUAUGCCAGUAAGGAUUUGCAGGAGGAGGAAGUACACAGCAAUGAGAAGAGGCAGCAAGUUGGCAGUAGAGCUUUCCGUUGUGGGUACAAAGGCUGUGGCCGCCUCUAUACCACCGCCCACCAUCUAAAGGUACAUGAACGUGCUCACACAGGUGACCGGCCAUAUACGUGCGACUUCCCAAGCUGUGGGAAAGCAUUUGCUACAGGGUAUGGGCUGAAGAGCCACGUGAGAACACAUACUGGUGAGAAACCAUACAAGUGUCCAGAAGAUGUGUGUAGCAAAGCCUUCAAAACCUCUGGGGAUCUACAGAAACACAUCCGGACACACACAGGUGAGCGUCCCUUCAAGUGCCCCUUUGUGGGCUGCGGCCGCUCUUUUACCACAUCCAACAUCCGCAAGGUUCACAUCCGAACGCACACAGGCGAGCGGCCGUACAUGUGUCCGGAGCCCAACUGCGGAAGGGGCUUCACCAGUGCCACCAAUUACAAGAACCACAUGAGAAUCCACACAGGAGAGAAGCCGUACAUGUGCACUGUGCCGGGCUGUGGAAAGCGCUUCACGGAGUACUCCAGCCUCUACAAGCACCACGUGGUCCACACGCACUGCAAGCCCUACACCUGCAAUAGCUGUGGGAAGACCUACCGCCAGACCUCCACGCUGGCCAUGCACAAGCGCAGCAGCCACGGCGAGCUGGAGGCCACGGAGGAGAGCGAACAGGCCCUCUACGAACAGCAGCAGCUGGAAGCUGCUGCUGACAGAGGCUCCCCCCUGAAGAGCCAGCAUAUUGCUUUCCUGUCAGAGAUGGAGGAAGAUGAAGAGGAAGAGGAAGAUGACGAUGGUAUGCCUGCACAGGUCUCGCUUAUCUCUCAGGACGGGACAGAGCAGGUCAGUUUGUCGCAGGAAGACCUGCAGGCCCUGGGCAGUGCAAUCGGCGUGGUGACACAGAGCGCUGCCCUCGCUGUGCCCGAGGAAGAGCUGGCGGCUGGUGACACGCACGCCGUGACUGUGGCUGACACGGAUGGCACCGAGACGCAGCCGGUUACCAUAGUCACUUCUGGAGCAGUCGUGUCUGAAGAAUCAACCAUCACAUCCCUCGGUCAUCAGCAGGUGGCAUUGCUGGCCACCGCCGGCGGCACCCACAUCGCAGUGCAGUUAGAAGAGCGGCAGAGCCUGGAGGAAGCCAUCAGCAUGGCCGCAGCAGCAAUCCAGCAUGAACCUGUAACACUUGACGCAGCCGUGUCUGAAAAUGGAUGCUGA